GUAAUAUAGCGACCAGUAUAUGUUGGUAAUGUAUCGUUUGGUAUAUAAAAAUUUAUAUUUUGAAUACAUUCUCCAUCAACUCUCUCAUGUUCAAUAUAUUUCUUCUUUUUGUUGUUAUCUUUUGAUUUUAUAAAAUUAAUAUUUUUACGUGGUAUAAUCAUUUUACUAGAAAUUUCUUUAAUAUGCCUUGAUUCGCUAUUUUUUGUUCUGAAAUCUUUUGAUGUUCUUAACAUAAUUUCAAUUCUCUCCAAAUUUACUCCAGGCUCUAAUAUUCUAAUCCGAAUUGGAAUCGAAAUAUACACUCCAAUAUUAAUAUUCUUAUUUGGUGGUAACACCAUCGUAUAAUUCAAUACUGUAGGCAUGUUAGUGUUGGUAAUAACACUAUUCCUAUUAGCAGUUUUCUCUCCGUGCAUAAUAUAUGGAGGAUUAUUAUCAUUAUUCAAAAUUAAAGUAUAUUUAAGUGGAAUUUUGAUUUCACUAAUAUGUUGCUGUUGUAAUAUCGUAGAUAAUAAUGCUCCACCGGUAGCCGAAAUUCCAUUUCCACUCCCAAUACCAUUUGAUGUAUUUAUUAUGGCUUUAAGUGUAUAUUCUACAUUACCAAUGUCUGUUUCAAAAUUAUUCGGUAAAUUAUAUGGUAAUUUCACUUUAAAUGGUAUCCUUAUUAUAGGAUCACUUUCGUUAAUUCCAUUAAUUCCAUUAAUUCCAUUUGGUGAUAAUAAAUCAAUCAAUCUAGAUCCAUUGUUAUUCGAUCUUGUUGACUCCCAAAUUUUAUAUUUAACGUCACAUAAAAUUUGCUCUUCUCCAUAAACUCUUUUACUCCUGGGUCCAUCCUUAACCAUCCAUUUAACUUUCUCUCUUCCUUUAAACUUUAAAUAAAUAUUAUUAAUCUUUAUUGAAGAAGAAAAGGAAAGAAAAUUUAAAUUUAAUAAUCCUAUUAAAUAACU